GGAUACACUCACCGUGGACGCUCCACACGUAGGGAGAUAUUUCAAAGUGAUAAAGAAGAAGACUGCAGAUAAGAUGCAACAGCGGAUCAAUUGCAGAUAAAGAAAAGAAAGGCGAAGAGGAAGAGAAGGAAGGAGAACGACCGGGGGAGCUGGCAAGCCAACGCAUCAGGACCAGCAUGGCGAACCAGACUUCAAUGGCGCCCGAACAGGCAAGCGACGAGGCACGCCAUGGGAAAGGGCGAUUAGGAUUGCAUGAGCUGCAUCAGUUCCUUCGCCAUCUUGCAACGUUUGGGUGGUUUUGGCGUCGCAAAUCCCAAGUGCAGCGCUUGUGCGACCAACGGCCACCAACCACCAACCAGCGCAGCUCAGCGGCAAACGGGCGCAGCGACGCUGCAUUGCGCUGGACAAGUCAGAGCUUGGAUACUGGCUCAGAGGCUCUCUACCCCUGCCAGUUAGGCAACAUUGUUCUCUUAUCAGGCUUCGCUAUUAGCCGUUCUCCACCAUCUGCGGUACGCACGCAAGGCGCAUUUCGCUCCUACUUUAUGCAUAGAUAGCUACGGGUUGGUUCUUCCACUUCCACCACCAAUGUGCUCGUUCGAUGUACAUGCAGGGAUUCCCAAACUGUUAGUUGCCUGAAACCUUCCAAUCCCUCCUAUUAUCCCUCUAUCUGCACAAAGCUGUAAGUUCCCGUUCGACUCUGUCAUCGGUCGAUCGUAGGAGAAAAAGAAAAAAA